AUGUCUGCAGCGCUCAACAGCAAGGCUGAUUCGUCACCUGGCAUAGCGGACCUCUCUCUCAACUCGCUAGCCUCGGGGUUCUCUACGCCAGGAUGGGGUCUUAGGAAGUUCUCCGGAUCGUCUCAGACAACAUCUUCUGCACCGAUUGCCACGCCUUCUCCACCGAUGCCAAUACCAAUGGGGUCAAGGCGGAGGACAGACGAGGUAAUACCGGCUGCGAGACGAUUUGGGCUCCAGAAUCUCGAGGAAGAGGGCGAGGAAGGAAAUCCCGCUUACCUCGAGACUCCUGCUCAGGAAAAACGUUGGGACGAGGUCAUCGAUACUCCUGCUCCUGGUCAAACGAAGCGGACACGUAGUGCAGGUGGUAAAGGAACCAACCUUACGUUGCGAGAUCAAGAGAAGCACAUCGACAGCUUGAAGAAGGAAAACUUCAACAUCAAGUUGAAAGUCCACUUCCUCGAAGAGCGGCUCGCCCAGCUCGCGCCCGACCAGAUUGAUGCCGCGCUGAAACAGAACAUCAACCUCAAAAUCGAGGUGCAGCAACGUGGAAUGGAGAUGAAGAAGCUCAAGAAACUAGUGUUGGAGCUAGAGCGGGAGCUGGAACGGCUACAGCGCGGCUCGGGCAGUGCGCAGGCUCGGGCGCGGGAACUGGAGGAGAAGCUGGAGGAGCGAGAGCGGGAGAUCAGGGAGCUCCGGCGGAGGCGAGCUGUCGGCCCAGACGAUGGCACACUGCGUGACCUCGAGGAGCACAACGCGCACCUUCAAGGUGAGCUUGAUGCUGCCCGUGGGCUUUUGGAUGUGUGCACCGAGGAGCUAGAUCAGCUGAAGGAAGCGGAAGAGAGGCGGAGACGCGGGGUGACGAACGAGGGCCAGUGGGAGCAGCGCGCGGCGGAACUGGAGGAAGACAAUGAAAAUCUCCGGUUGAAGAUAGACGACCUCGAGGAGCAGGUGACACGCAGGAACGACGAGAAGGAGGAUUUGGCCGAUAUGGUUGAAGCGCUGAAGCUGGAGAAUGAAGAGUUGCGCCGUAGGCGCGAGGCCGAGUCGAUAGAGCGGAGCGAGAGCCGUGCACAGAUCAUAGAGGAGCAAGAAGAGCGUGCGGCAGUUGAGGACGACCUGAAUGCGGUCAGAGACAAACUGGCCGCGGCUCAUAUCGAACUGCAGCAGAAGGAAGAUGAUAUUGACAUGAAGAACCGGGAGAUUGAGGAGUUGGUGUCGGAGCACACGCGGAUAGUGGAGACCAUUGAUGAUGAGUGGCGAGGUGAGAUGGAAGAGUCAAGGGGGCAGGUAGAGGAGCUGAAAGAUGCUCUGCAGGAGCGCGAACAAGAGACGAAAGACCUGCGGAUACAUAUCACAGAUCUCGAGACGGAACUCAACGAACUGCAUGGGAAGUUCGAGGCCGCUUUGGAGCACAUCCAGCGGGAGUCCGACGAGAAGGACGUUGAGAUUGAAGCGGCCAACCGUGAGAUCGAGAAGCUCGGUGGGCAAGUCUAUGCCCUCGAGGAGGAGAAUGAGCAUCUCAAGGAGCAGAGCGAGAGGACGAGAGAGGACGAGGCUGCAGAGAGGGAACGUCUCGAAGCUCUCGCGGCUGCUCUCAAAGAGGUACGCCAAAGUAGCGUUUGCAUUCGUCAUACUCAGGACCGCCCCUUGGCGCAGCUCGAAGAAAUGACCGAGAACUACGAUGCCCGUAGCCAGGAGGUCGAAGAGUACCGCUCCCGCUCGGAGGAACUCGCUCAGCAUGUCGAAAACCUCGUCGAGGAGAUCCAGCUGGAACGCAGUGGGCGUGAGCGUCUAAACACGGACCUCAGGAAUGCUGAACAAGAACACGACACCGCUCUUCGAAAGGAGCAUCGGGCUGUCGAGGCCAAGGAGUCAGCGCUGCAGUCAGCCCUCAACGACCUUGCGCGCACGCAGUCCCUCCUCGCGCAGCGCGAAACCGACCUUUCUGCGGUGCAGACCGCGCUUGAGACCUUCGAGGCCGAAUCGAAGAAACUGGGCGAGUCGCACACGACCGCCCGGUUCUCACUGCAGCUCGAGGUUGACCGCCUGAAACGCGACCUGGAGCGUCUUGAAGACGAGCUAUCUCGUGCUCGCAAGGAGCUGGAGGAUCGCGAGGGAAGGGGCCACGAGCGUGACGCUGUGAUCGACAAGCUACAUGUGGAGAACCGCGACCUCGCGUCGCAGCUCGCUUCUCAGACCCAGGCGAGGUUGAAUGUCUCGGAAAAGCUGGAUGAGACGUUAGCGAAUUUGAAGACCGCCGAGGCUGAGCUUUCGACGUUCCGCUCAAGGGUGGCAGAGCUGGAGCAGCGGCUGGCGAAGGAUCAGCGGUCGUUGUUGACUGCUGAAUCGCAGUACCGCGACCAGUUGACUGAACGGAAUACCUUGUUGCUGACGAUCUACCAGUAUAUGGAUAAGAUUCUCGGCGUUGACAAGACUCCGAAGAAACAUGGUCAAGCAGAGACCAAGCCCUUCACGAACUUUAGCGUCUUCCACGACAACCUCAUCUCCCGCCUGAAAUCUCUCAGCGACAUCCAGCUGAUCUUCGAGAAGCGCGUCAAAGAAGCUGAGGGUAGAUACACGGAGAAGAUAGGCGACAUGAGGAAGCAGCUUGACUACCGAUGGAAGCAGAUUGACAGGUUCGAAGCGAGUGUGAAGACAGUCGCAGAGCAGAAGGCGACCUGGCGCAAGAAGCUGAGCACGAAGGAGGGUGAAGUCGAGGCGCUAAAGUCCACAAACUCAGACCUGCAAUCCCAGCUUGUGAGCAUGAAGAAACCGGGACAAGGUGACUCGUCGGAAGUGCGUGCGCUUACAGCCCGUGCUAUGAACGCCGAGCGGCGCAUCACCAACUUGCAGAAUCAGCUCCUGUCCGCCGAGGAGAAGCUGACCACGAUGAACGAGAAGACAUCCGUCGCGGACAACAAGUGGGAGGUGCGCGUGCGCGAGUACGAGGCGCGGCUGAAGAAAGCGGAGGAGGCCGUCAAGCGCGAGCGCCAAGGUGCGAAGGAGCGCGUGUAUGAGCUGGAGUUGCAGAUGAAGAGUCUCCAGCGCCAGCUCGAUUUGGAGAACAGACGGAAUCAGAAACUCAACGAAAUCACGGAGGCGCACGGGCUAAUAAACAACAAGCCUACCUCAUCUCCUGGUCGAUAG